AAGAACACACCUGCGACGCGCCGCCUUCCACUCCAAUCGCAGCAUGAUCCGUGGCGGCCUUGACUCUGCUAAUCGCUGGUAAUGAGAGCUCUCACUGCCAUUGCCGCGGGCUCGCGAUGGUCUCUGCGACCGUCGUUGCGGCUCAGCGCCUACAACCACCUCCGGCGCGCCGCAUCCACCGCGAAUGAUCGACUCAACUUUCAGACAAUCGACACCAAGUGGCGCAAGCGAUGGGCCGAGUCCUCAAAGAAGACUUCCGACCCUCAAUUGCGCAGAGUCGACAGCGGCGAUCCCAAGGACAAGGCCUACGUCCUGCCCAUGUUUCCCUACCCGUCCGGAACUCUGCAUCUAGGUCACCUUCGCGUCUACACCAUCUCCGAUGUCCUCUCGCGAUACAAGCGGAUGAAAGGCUACGAUGUGAUACACCCAAUGGGAUGGGAUUCUUUCGGUUUGCCUGCUGAGAAUGCGGCCAUUGAGCACGGCGUCGACCCGGCGGAAUGGACAGUCACAAACAUUGGCAAGAUGAAAGAGCAGCUGGAGAUCAUGAACGGACAUUGGGACUGGGACAGGGAAUUCAUGACUUGUGACCCGUCGUUCUACAAGCACACCCAACGCAUCUUCUUGCUUCUCCACGAGCGGGGUCUGGCAUACCAGGCCGAAUCUUUGGUGAACUGGGACCCUGUCGAGUGUACCGUUCUAGCAAACGAGCAAGUUGACGCCGAAGGCCGCUCAUGGAGAUCAGGCGCCAAAGUGGAGAAGCUGCGUCUCAAGCAAUGGUUCCUCCGCCUUACCGAGUUCAAGGAGGCACUGCUCAACGACUUGGACUCUCUAGCAGAAGGCGAUCGCUGGCCGGAGCGCGUCUUGUCGAUGCAGAGGAAUUGGGUGGGUAAAUCUACGGGCACCAAACUCCGGUUUGAUCUCGAAGUCUCCAGCACCGGCAAAGAACUUCCCUCAGUGGAUGUCUUCACUACUCGAGCCGACACUCUAUAUGGAGUACAAUAUGUCGCGCUGUCUCUCCGACACCCCAUAGUUCAGGAAAUGGCAAAGGAACAGCCAGAGCUGCAGGAUUUCAUUGACAAGGCAUCCAAGUUUUCUCCGGACUCGAAGGCGGGUUUCCGUCUUCCGGGUAUCGAAGCAUCUAAUCCUGUCAGAUAUAUCAGCAGUGAUGCUCAUUCUGUUGCUCUCCCCCUCCCAGUUUAUGCUGCUCCAUAUGUUCUGGAAGAGUACGGAACAGGGGCCGUCAUGGGUGUUCCAGGACACGAUAGCCGGGACUAUGCCUUUUGGAGGGAGAACGAGGGCAAUCAAGCCAUUCGGGUUGUCGUCACGCCCUCUUCUGGCAAUUCCCUGGCCUCGACUGACAAUGAAGGCGAUCAGGUCUUCGUGCACAAGGGCGUACUGACCGCUGGGUCUGACCGUUUCGCUGGUAUCGCAUCCGACGAAGCUAUACAAAGGAUUGUCGGUGAGAUGCAAGAGGAGAGCAGGAAGCCCAGAACGUGGGGAAAGCUUGCUGAGCAUACCGAAAACUGGAGGCUGCGGGACUGGCUCAUCAGCCGUCAGCGGUACUGGGGCACGCCGAUUCCAAUCAUCAACUGCAAAAGCUGCGGGCCCGUCCCAGUGCCUACAUCGGACCUGCCGGUCGUCCACCCCAAGCUGCGCGAAGGACAGGUUCUGGGCAAAGGCGGCAACCCGCUGAAUGACAUUCCGGAAUGGCUCAACACGUCGUGUCCGAAAUGCCAGGGCCCGGCCAAGCGCGAAACCGACACGAUGGACACGUUCAUGGACUCGUCAUGGUACUUUUUCCGCUUUGCGGACCCGCACAACAAGGACGAGCCCAUCUCGGCGCAAGCCGCGGACGCGCGCCUCCCCGUCGACAUCUACAUCGGCGGCGUCGAGCACGCGAUCCUGCACCUGCUGUACGCGCGCUUCAUCUCCAAGUUCCUGGCGACAACGGCGCUUUGGCCCAGCGGCGGCGGCCCCGACAACAACGGCGAGCCCUUCCGCAAGCUCAUCACGCAGGGCAUGGUCCACGGGCGCACGUACACCGACCCCGCGACUGGCCGCUUCCUGAAGCCCGACGAGGUCGACCUCUCUGACCCCUCCAAGCCUAAGAUGAAGGCCUCGGGAAAGCCGCCCAAUGUCAGCUUCGAGAAAAUGUCAAAGAGCAAGUACAACGGCGUCGAUCCCGGCGCCUGCAUCGAGCGCUACGGUGCCGAUACCACGCGCGCGCACAUCCUCUUCCAGGCGCCUGUCAGCGAGGUGCUCGAGUGGGACGAAGACCGCAUCGUCGGGAUCCAGCGCUGGUUGAACCGCGUAUGGCGCGUGGUGCAGCGCGCCACGACCGUGUCGACGGAAUCCAACGAGGAGCAGAGCAGCAGCGAGGACAGCAGAAUGCUCACAGAAGACCUGCUCCUGCAGCAGCACCAGGCCGUCAAGCUCGUCACCACAGCCCUCGAAUCCACCUUCGCGCUCAACACCAUGAUCUCCGACCUGAUCAAGUUCACCAACGCACUGGACGACGCGCCCAGCGCCUCUUCCCCCGCCGUCACCGCCGCGUACCGCGACGGCGCGCGCGCGCUCGUUCGCAUGAUCGCGCCCGUGGCGCCCGCGUUCGCAGAAGAGUGCUGGGAAGUCUUGAACGGGGACAGCUCCAGCGCAGGCUCCGUCUUCGCAGCGGGCUUCCCCACGCACGACCCCGAUCUCCUAAACAAGCUCAGCCGCCGCAGCCAGCCCUGCUCCGUGCAGCUGAACGGCAAGCUGAAGUUCGCGCUCGACAUCCCCGUGCCGGAAGACGCGCUGCUGGCGCCCGCCCGCCACGAGCAGCUCGUCCAGUGGGUUGUGGACCAAGUGCGGGCGAGCGAGCGGGGGCAGAAGCUGUUUGAGAAGGAGGGGCUGCGGUUGGGUGAGGAUGGGAAUGUCAGGAGGGUUGUGGUGGUGAAGGGGGGCAGGACUAUCAAUAUUGUACGGUAGAGUGUGGAGGGGUGUAUGAUAGAGCUGGGCGCUUUGUUGCGGUAUAGAUGCGGUUUGACGGG